GAUUGGUCGAAUCGCGACCUCUCUUGCGAGCUCUCUCGAUCGCUCGCUCCAGAUUUUAUAUGGUUGCUCCAUAAACAAUACGCAAACCGCAUAGAUACCAAGAUUGUGUGUGGACUGGAGUGAAAUUUGUGCAAAUGUCGACCAAGAUUAACUUGAUUUCCGAACGUUUCUUGGACUAUUGACAGGAUAAAAUCAUUGAAAUUACUUGAAAGAAGUAACCAGAUAAUUACGUCAUUUGGUGAAGAAUGGUCAUUUUCUAGCUUGUUUAAACACCAGAUGUUAGCUGCAUGUAAUGAUAAACAAUGGAGGAAAAUGGUGAGGAGAGAACCAUGACUCCGAGCAUCCCAGAUUCUAACGAUGAUGCAACCAAUGAGACUAGUCAGCCAGGAGAACCUCAGACAGAGGAGGAGUUGGAACGACUGAUAGACAAAGAGCUGGAAGAUGUGGGGAAAGAUGAGUCCGAGUCACCUGACGAGAAGGAGAAGAGACUUGAUGCCCAGCAGAGGGAGAUUGAUGAAGAGCUUAGAAAACUCAGAGAGGAACUAGAGAUGGACUCUACGUCUCCAGAUGACAUGGGUCCAGAGUAUGACAUCGCUGCACGUGUCAAGCAACUCAAUGAGGAGUUGGCCAAAGAGGGUCCCAUCGAGGAAAAGAAAAACAGGAAAGUUAACUUCCCGGAGAAUGUCAUUAGCAUGGCUGUUCCACCUGAAGAAUAUCCAGAGGAGAAGAAAGAGGGAGAGAAAGAAGAGGAGAGCAAAGAGGAUGGACUAUCAGUGCCUGUGAAUGAUGAAGGGUUGGAUACGCCCCAAGCAGUACGGGAAGGUUGGGGUACUCCAGAAAAUGGGAUGAACAGAGAUGCAGUUGCUGAACAAAGGCAGGAAGGUGUUGAAGCGGAGAAGCAUAUUGGUAGUAGUAGUGGACAAGAGGACAUUGAGUUGGUGUCUCCCAGUCCUUCAGAAUCUCUCCCAAAUAGGACUGAGGAUGAUUCUGGAAAGCCAAGUGAUACAAACACUGGUGUUACUGAACAAAGUAAGGUUAUUGAUCAUCCGGUUGCUCAACAUCCAGUUGUUAACAGGCAUGAAAGCUCAGAGGAUGGUGCCACUCCCCAGGACAAUCAGAAGGACACACUGCCAUAUGAUGCACCUGAUGGGACCGUCAAUAGUUCCAAUAGUGGUGGUGUUCAUGCGAGCAGCAGCAGUGAUCCAAAUGAUGUGGAAGUGGAGAGAUUGACUUUUAGGCCUCAAGUACAGAACAAUAGACUGGUAGGCCAAAACAACAGGCAGGGAGAGGAGAUGAACGCAACAAAGGGAGAAGGGGAAGAAGAAUUUGUGCUUGUGGAGCGUGGUGGGAAGUUCUAUCAUGUGCAUGUCAAUGACCUCAGUCCAGAGGAAAGGCAAUUUCUUGGGUUACAGGAGAGUCCUAGGCAAUCAAACAGUAAUUCUCAACUACCAGCAGUGCAGCCCAGGCCCCCUCAGAAACCACGCCCGUCAACAGCUACUGGAGGUGGGGCUAGGGUCGGAAACCAGAAGCCAUCACCCCGACGAGCCAUGUCGGCUAAAACUCAGAAGGAGUACGAUCGACAAGAUCGUCACGGGGCGAUCUACGAGGAGCCUUUCGGGAACCCCCGUUCCAAGUAUGGCAUGACGCCGGAGCAGAAGGAGUUCAGACGAGAGCAGGCUCGCCUUAAGAUGCAGAGGAUGAAGGAGGAGAAAGAAAGAGAAGAACAGGAGAAAAGGGAGAAAGAAGAGUUGUCAGAAUCAAUCUUCAAGGCUUGGGUGGAGAAGAAGAAGGAGGAGAUCACUCAACAGAAGAAGGAAGAGAGGGACAGAAAAAGGGCAGAACUUGAAAACAAGGAGGAGAGGUUUCCAGAGGAGGCAUUUAAAGCUUGGCUUGAGAGGAAAAAGAACCAGAAAAGAACAGAAUCUAACGUCAAACAGCAGCUAUCAGAGGAGCAGAAGCAGGCCUAUUUCAUGCGCAGCAGAGAAGAUUGUGAGAGGGCUUUCAGGGAAUGGAAGAAGUCCAAGAAGGCUGGUCUUCGAGAGGCCCGGUCCAUGAGCCGUGCUGAGGCCCUGGAAACAAAGAAGAGGGCUCGCCAAUCUCGCAAGUCACGAAACUUGGCCAAGGCACUUGAGGUGGCGCAGAACUACCGUUACACCGAGUACUAUGGCUACAGGUUUUAGAAAGCACAGGACUAUAUACGCCGAUACUAUGGCGACUGGUGUUGAAUCGCAAAGGACUGUACUGGCUUCUGGUUUGAGAUAACUCCAGACUACCAUUACAGAGAUUACCAUAGCUACAUGUGUUAUCAGGUAGCACAGGACUAUACACCAAGUACUGUGGCGACAUGGCUUAGAUGGCACAGGAAUACACACCUUGUGCUGUGGUGACCAGUUUUACAAGAAGAUAACAGAAAUAUAUAAAUACUUUGGCUACUGGUUUUACAUGGCACCAGUCUACCAUUAAAGAGAAUGGUGUUAUGUCUAUAUAGUAUAAGACUUUCAUCCAAGUACUAUGGCAACAGGUGUUAGAUAGUAAAGGUCUAUACAUGUAUACCAAAUGUCUUACAGCAGGCAUUAGAUAUUGCAGAACUACAUAAAUCCACCCAGUACUAGAGCUGCAUUUUUUUUUAGUCAGGCUUAUUCUUUACCGUCCAACAACAAAGAGCUAUCAUGUCAUUGUACUAAAAAACUACUGAAGUUGGUAAUAUUAAACAUGGCAGAGAUUAUACACAAGAUAUUUUUGGAUUAUAUAUUCAAUAUUGCUGUAUUUUAGAUUUGUAUUUGUGGAUUGUCAAAUUAUUAACACUUCAUGAAUUAUCUCUGAAAAAUACAGGGAUGAAGAAUAUUUGUAAUGUGUUACUUGUUAUAAGGGCAAUUCUGUGCAAUCAAUGGUUCAUCCUUUAAGCCGUAUGAUUUAAAGGUGCAUUUGUCACCAUAAUUGCAUUAGAAUUCUGGUAAAUUGAUGAUCACAUCAGACUCGGGGAGUAAAUUUGAUUUGAAUUCUAAGAUAAAAGGCAUGGAAAAAAAAUGAAAUUAUGUUGUAAUGGAUACAUUGCCCAGAAUUGCCCAUCAAAAUCUGACCUGCAGUAUUCUGAAAGCAGUUUUGCAUUGGAAAAUAAUACCUAGGCAAACUGUGACAUUGGGUUCAAGACUGCUGAUCGUAUCUCUUUUUUUUUCUUUUGUUUGGGUUGUCAUUGUAUUUAUCAAAGUCAUUUUAACUGAUUCUCAAGUCCAGCUGUUAAGUUAUUGAUUAUAAUACUCUCUUUCAUCCUUAAAAGAUAUAACUAGGGCUGUACAAUAUAGAUAUUGUAUUAAGAUAUUGAAACUUCAAUUAAUAGACCAUACUGACUCCACGAUUUAAAGUGUUUCACACAAGAAAUCUACUUUGAAAUGCUAUAAAGCACAUACAUUAUCUUUAAUAACCCAAUCUAACUCUCUGGGGUCCCAGACAAAGGGUAUAAAU